UGAAGUGUUGAAGUAUAGAAGAGAAAUAGAGUAUGUUGAAGUUAUGUGGAAGAGUGUAAUGUUAAGAGUUAACAUAUAAUAAAUCGCGUCAUCCUGCGUGUGUAUUGUUUGAGUCGGAGGAAUAAAACAAUGAGAGCACUGCUUCUGCUUCAGCUUCAGGCUUUGACAAGUCGGGUUUCACUUUCCUCCUCCACCUUUGUUCGCGGCAAAAGCUUGUGGUUCGAUGCAAAUAGAGAUAAUUCCCAAGUGAGAAGGAUAUGGUCUUCCACCCCUGUUUGUAUGGGCCGCCGUUCCAGCAAGAUUGCUGGGAGAAAGGGUGCCCAAGAUGCAAAGAAAGCAAAACUAUACUCAAGGAUAGGAAAGGAAGUCGUGUCUGCUGUAAAGCGAGGUGGUCCAAAUGUAACAUCCAACUCAGUUUUGGCUGCUGUACUUGAGAAAGCCAAGGAGCUUGAUGUGCCUAAAGAUAUUGUUGAGCGCAAUAUGAAGAGAGCUUCUGAGAAAGGACAAGAGGCUUAUAUCGAGAAAGUCUAUGAGGUUUAUGGUUAUGGAGGAGUUAGUAUGGUAGUUGAGGUAUCAACUGACAAGAUACAUCGUUCUGUGGCAAAGAUUAGAGAAGUGAUAAAGGACUAUGGAGGAAAGAUGGCAGAUUCUGGAUCUGUGACAUUUAAGUUUAAACGUGUUCGGGUAGUAAAUAUUAAAGCCACUAAUGCUGACAAAGAUCAGCUGCUUGCCAUUGCUUUAGAUGCUGGAGCUGAGGAUGUAAUUGAUCCUCCAACUUAUGAAGAUGACACUGAAGAGGAUAGGUAUUAUAAAAUUGUAGGUUCUUCAGAGAACUAUUCAUCUAUACUAUCUAAGCUGCGAGAGGAGGGCAUAGAUUUUGAGCCUGAUAAUGGUUCCGAGCUUCUCCCAAAUACCCCGGUUGAGGUAGAUGAUGAGGCUAUGGACUUGAACAAGGAACUUAUGAGCAAAUUACUUGAGCUUGAUGAUGUUGAUGCUGUUUAUACAGAUCAGAAGUAAUAAUUUUUAUAUGUUUAAAAGCUGUUCAGCAGACAACUCAGGGUUAAUCUUCGACACUGGGAGUUCCUAUCACAUAAUGUACGGUCUUUUUGCAAAAAUGAAAAUAGGCUCUAAAAAUUAUUGGGGAUUUCUCAGGUGAGAAAUUUGUAGAUCUGACACAUGCACUAUCUAAUCUUUUUCCUUUUUUUUUAAGGGUGGCCAGAGGAAUGCUUUCUGGAAGGGAAGUUUAUUUUGAAAUUAUUUGAUUCAAAACCGAGGAUAUUUAAACCAUGUAUCGUCUUAUAUGACAAACUACAAAGUCCAAUAAUAAUGAAACAAAGUAAAUCUUGAUUCCUUCUGGUU